AUGGACGACUUUUCUCUUAAAGAACUGUUCGAAGAUUUUACGGGCUCUGAGGAUGAUGAACAGAAACUGCACGUCUUGAUGAAAAGAUGUCACACCGCAUCGAAUUGUGAACUUGAAGACUUCGUCAAUGAAUUGUCGGAACUUCUGUGCAACUCCUUCGAAUCACAUAUACCUACCUUGAAAGCUUUCCUUUCCCAAUUAUUGGAAAAAUAUUCAAAGCGUCCCACUUUGCUAACGAGAUAUAAUGCAGUAUUUCAAAAUUUUCCAUCUCUUUUAACCAACUGUAUCAUUAUGCAGAAUCUUCAUCAAUGUGAUUUUCCAGGUUUUAGAGAAAUAUUUGACUACUGCUUCGAGCUCCUUUGGCGGGCGCAGAACAAUAAAAUUGCUAUUCAGACAACUAAAGACAUCUUGAUCAAAAUCCUGGAUUCGGACGGUGUCUUGGGGGUUUUGAUAUCGGGGUCGCAUGGUCGCCAUUGCCUUAAACGCAUCUUGUUUGAAUUAAACAUAAAUAAUAGGAUAGAUAAGGAAAAGUUACUGAAGGCGGUGGACAUGGUUGCUAUUAUUGUGGAGCAAUGUUCUGAGCAUGAAGAAGUUUCACCUCGGCUAUCUGAGACGCUUUCUAUAUACAAAGCUUGUAGUACAUUGUUAGAUAAAUUCAGAAGUUACCAGAAUGCUGAACGCUCAUUGCUACAUAUUCUAUGCGAUAACGAUGAACCACAUUUCACACUAUUGGGAAUUUCAGCGCCCAAAAAGUCAUCAGAUAUACCUCACUAUUUGCAUGCGCUUGAACAACAAAAAUUAAAUUUAUUUCAAAAACAAGCACUCGUUCGUUUUUCCCCCGACAAAUACUCUUCGCUCAUGGAAGAAGAAGAGCUAACAAGUAUUAAUAGAACAUUCCGCCUUCCGUUUGAGUUUGAUGAAGAUGAUAAACUUGGGCCAUGGGACAUUUUGAUAAGUGAAGACGCAAUAAAGGACAUGUUAUAUUUGGAAUCACCUCUGAAGAUUAAAGCUGUCAUGAAAAAACUAGGGAAUAUAUCAUCUGGGGCCUGGGAAAAGCACGGACUGAAAUAUACGGUUCCAUUUCUCUCAAUUCCUGUUUACGAAACUGAACUCCAUGAUCACGGCGGCCUAAAAAUCUUUUGGCAAGUUGAUUAUGGGUUUUCUGUCCGUAGCUAUCUGCUUACACAGCUUGUGAAAAUUUGGGCUGUCACUGCCAACCAAACUCAGAUUGAUAAGAUAUUAGAAUACCUCAAAAUGCUUCAUCAAGUCUACACAGAUGAGCAAAUUUUCCGAUGUACUGUUCAACAAAUUGGCAGAAACGACAUAAUUUUACCAAAAAUCUUUGGAGAUGAAGGAACAAAAUCUACUGAGAACAAGUUUUACAGCUCCAAAAUGGACGAUGAGAUGCUGCUAGAGAUUCACAAAAUGCUUGUUACCAAUAAAUUCAUUCCCUUAUCAAAGAACUUGUUUAAGUCACUGAUAAUGGGAGGCGCCGAUUUCACUUUUCAAGUAUCGAAAGUAGAGUACGAAAUCAUCAACAAUCCCACUUCAGCUAUCAUAAUUGGUCGAUCAGGUACAGGCAAGACCACAUGUAUCGUGUAUAGACUACUUGCCUCCUACCUCAACGAUUCAACUUAUCCAUUUUAUAAGACACCAUGCUCUCACAAAAGGCAAAUAUUCAUCACAGUGAGUCGCAAUCUAUGUCGUCGGGUAAAGGAAUAUUUCUACAGGCUACGAGAAUCGGCAGCACUUGCUAAGACAAAAAUGACGAUAGCUCAGUUUCAUGAGUAUGCUAGAAAAAAAGAGGAAGAAGACUGCGGUGCCAAUCUAACUGACGAUAAAAUGGAUGAAGAGGGAGAUGAUGAUAAGGAUCUAAGUGACAUCCCAAACUCAUUUUCUCAGCUGACAGAGGAUCAUUUUCCAUUAUUUAUUACUUACAAAAAGUUCUCUGAAAUGCUUGAGGGAACAUAUGGAAUUGAUACUCGAAAGUUAAUUCAACAAUCAAAAGUAGAUAGAGACAAUGAAGAUGCUUAUAAUGAUGAAGAGAAAGAAUUUUAUCAUAAAUCCUUCUUUGUUAAUACAUCAUGGGCACACUUUGUGGAUUAUGAUGUUUUUAAAAAAAAGUAUUGGAAUCGUUUUAAUGAGGAUAAACUGGACUGCGAGCUGGUCUAUUCUGAGUUCUCUAUCAUUAAGGGAUCGAAUCCUGAAGGAGAGUAUCUAUCAAGAGAGGAUUAUCAAGUUAUCAGUACCAAAAAAUAUCCUGUAUUUUGCCAUAACCGGGACAAAAUUUACGAUUUAUUUCAGCGAUAUGAAAAGCUGAAAGCAAUUAAUGGUGAUUAUGACUCAAUAGAUCGAACACUAGCCAUUUUACGUUGUGCCACGAAAAAAGCGCUUGGGAGUCCACACAUUCAUGAAGUAUAUAUUGACGAAUGCCAGGAUAAUCAGAUCGUGGAUUUUGGCCUUAUAUUGAAGAUUUUCAAUCGCGUUGAUAGCAUUUUUUUGGCCGGAGAUAUAGCGCAAUGUAUAGCCAAGGGCUCUUCUUUCCGAUUCCAAGACAUACGCUCCUUGAUGUACAAAUGGGAAUUUGAUCGUAUUCAAAUUAAUAAUAUCCCUCGUGGUACCAUAAAACCAAAACAAUUUGAGCUAAAUAUUAACUACCGUUCUCAUAAUGGGAUCCUUCUACUUGCUUCUUCAAUCAUUGCUCUCAUCCGGACCUUUUUUCCUGAAUCAAUUGAUCAUUUAUCCGAUGAGCGUGGUGAGGUUGGCGGUCCUCGACCUAUAGUCUUUAAAGGAUCUCAGGCUGAAAAUUCGCAUUUAAAUGCCUUUUCUGCUAGUGAGAAUACUGGGAAUUAUAUCGAAUUCGGAGCUGAGCAAGUCAUUAUUGUGCGUAACGAAGAAUCUAAAUCGCGCGUUAAACAAUCAAUUGGUGAAAAGGCUGGGUUGGUGAUGACUGUGUUUGAGACGAAGGGAAUGGAGUUUAACGACGUGCUGCUGUAUAAUUUCUUUACAGAUUCUCCUGGAUGCCAAAAGUGGCGGGUAAUUCUUUCUGAAGUGAAAGACCAGUCUGAGGGAGUUCCAACCUUCUCUCAUGAAAAGCAUUACAUCCUUUCCUCUGAACUUAAACAUCUUUACGUCGCAGUUACCAGAGCACGGCAGCACAUCUGGAUAUUUGAUGAGAAAAGUGAGUGCAUCGAGCCAAUUUGCAAAUACUGGGAGCAAGAUGGAUUGGUCAAAGUGGUGCGAAGUGGAGGUAAAAUCAACACUCUCCCUACAUUGGCCAAGAAGAGUAGUGCAGCAGAAUGGAAGCGAAAAGGAAAGAAGUUUUUUGAACUGCGGCAGUAUGAACAGGCUAUUUUUUGUUUCGAGAAGAGUGGAGAUAAUGAAAUCCUUAAGCUAUCUGUGGCCUAUCAUCUUCAGCAAAUAGCAAGAGCCUCUAUAAAUGAUUCCGAUUGGAAUAUUGUGACUUCGAAUUUUAAUCGUGCUGCUGAAGCAUUUCAAAAAUGUUCUCGGCCAAUACAGUCGGCUUCAUGCUAUGAGGAUAUCAACAUGUAUGAAAAAGCUGCUAAAGUUUACGUUGAAUGGAACAUGUUUGAACACGCCGCACGUUGUUAUCUUAAGGUUCCUAAUUUUGAAAAUGCGGGAAUGUAUUUUGAAAAGUCGAAUAAGUACACCGAAGCUGUAGUUGCAUAUAAAGACGGCCGACGUUAUGAAAAAAUCAUUAAUUUGAUGCAAAGUCACAAAGAAAACAUUGACGAGAAAAUAUUCAAUCGUAUGACACGUCUUGUCAAUAUCCAUUACCGCCGGGUGAACGACACAAAAAUGAGUGAGAAAGCUCUCUCCAUACUUCCAACUCAGGAUGAACAAAUAAAUCUACUUCGAGAACAUGCUCCUGAAGAGCUUCAGGAGAUUUGCAAGAAGAGUGGUCAAUUUCAUGUUGCCGCUGAAGACUUACGCUUGCGUGGGAAGUUCAAUGAGGCUGCUGAUAUGUUCCUUUGCUCAGAUGACAAUAAGGAUGAUAUCAUAGAGUCUUUGCGAUGCUGUUUGUAUCUAUGUAGAGUUGAAGCAUUGAAAAAGACAAUGACAGAUUUCGUGAAUCUUAAUUCCUCUGAAGGGCUCAGUGAGCAACUUUCCAAAGCAAUCAAUAUCAUUACAAAAGUGAAAUUAGAAUCUGAAGAAUUAAGUAAUUUAAAAGAAGAGCUUCAGCUAUAUUUAGCUUAUAUGAAUUCGGAUCUCAAUGAAAUCCGCAAAUUCAUGCAAUUGUUUAGAAGGCGUGAAGAUUGCGUCACUGAGUUUCGUGCAGUAACCAUAUCGAUAUGGCUGCAUAUCUCCAAAUUUGAUAUUCAGGCCGAGAACUGGCGGGAACUAUUACUAUGUCUAUUGAGAUUAUGUGAACUGUCCUUUCCCUUUUUAGAUCCUCGAGAAAAUGAAAAUAUUGCAAAAAUAAACAAGGAUUUUCAGGAUAUUUUUGUUGUAAGCGAAGUUGAGAACCGUCCACAAAAACGAAAAAUAUCUUCUGAAAAUCACCUUGUCCCGUUUUUAAACCAAAAUAUUGUAGAGGAUGCUGUAGAAAUCUUGGACAAUUGGCAUGUGUACGACGAGAGUACUUUGGAUUUGGCUAUUUCACAAUUUCUUGCUUCAUAUAUCUAUGAACUUAUCCAGGAGGUUGGUCAGAUAGGUAGACAAAUUCAAGAUAUAAGUUCUGAAAUCUGCUUUAAGUUUUCGUCCUGUCUAAAGCAAGAUUGUCGAAGGCAUCAUGUUAUUCCAACACCCUCAAUUCUGCGCAAACGUUUCACACUUGCUUGCCUUCAGUACACUGUGAUGCAACAAUUGGACGUAUUUUUAUACCGUGACCGUCGCCAUCUUCUUAAAGCGGAACAAAGAGAACUAAUUCGUGGAUCACAAAGGUGGUGGGCUGAAAGACUUGUGAAAAUUCAUAUUCGCUAUCAAUCUCCUCAAACAAGCUGCCCAGAAGUCACAUAUGCGGUACUUGCCGAACUUCCUAAGCGCACACGUUAUAGAUUAAUUGUUCUUUCUCACAAGAUUUGGUUGCGUGAUGUGAUUGAUAAUCCCUCAGAUUUUUCAGUUAUGUUGAAAUGCAUUCUUGUUCUUCACCAAAUACAGGACUAUUGGGGAAUCGAUAUUUUCGAUUGGGAAAUGUCAAAAAAAUUAAUACUAAGACACCCUAAGGAAUUACCCACUGGAUUCGUUCACUACCUUGAAGAUUAUGAAGCUGUUCCUGUUGGAAAUCGACUUUCAUUAUUCUUCUCAAAUCUCUAUGAUAAUCGUGUGUCAGCUGCGAUCAUGCACAUAAGAAUAUUUAUUCAAUACACUAUCGACAAUAUUGAACGCAUUAAUAUAAAUACGCCCGAUGCAUUUGCUGACCUUAUAUCUCUUGUGGAGUUCAAAACAUCUUUGGUAUUUGCAAUCAGUCCUGGAUAUUGUGAUUUUUGCCUUCCUCGGGCUUAUUUGGUCAAUCAUUUUGACGUAUUUACAGCAGAGCCACUCAUUCCCAAUCAACAUGGUUACAACAGAGCCUAUUAUCUGGCUGAAAUCAAUAAUUCCAUUAAUCAAGUUCAACAGCUUCUCAAUUUGCUGAUUCUGGUUGGACAAUUGUACUUGCCCAUUAUCCUUAGGUUAAUACGGCUCUUGGCUCUCAUCGGCCUAAACGAACCCACUUCUUCAACCAGGAUCUUUAAUCUUUUUAAAUACUGGUCCAAACUUCUGAAGAACAAAAUCUUUUCUGCAAAGCUCUUAAUAUACUUGAACGAAAGUUAUAUGGAUCAACUUGCGAUCAAUCUUCACAAUGAUCUCAAGGAGACAGAUUGUGACUCCUUGGUAAUUGUCCAUUAUCAUUGGGGAGGCUUAUCAAAAUUUUCUAACUUGGAGGAACAUGGCAUCGUGAAGCUUAAGUAUAACUCUGUUGAGCAAUUUCAUUUUGCUCUUCGACAAAUCAUAUCACCGAUAGUUACUGAAGGAAGUGCUUCAAAUAUCCAAAUGAAUCAAUUGUCGCGGAAACCAGAUGACCAUCGGCAGCAGAAAAUUGUGAUUGGUAAUGAGGAUGAUCAGAAUAGUGAAAUGUCCAAAGAAGCCCAAGAGUCGGCCACAGAAAGUCAAGCUUGGUUUUGCCGAAUUCACGAUUCCCCACAGGCCAAAGAAUCAGCCACCAAAAUUCAAGUAUGGUUUCGCCGUGCUCUCCAACGACAAGAAUCUCGUCAACAUGAGUCUGAUCAAAUUCUAGAAAAGAUUUUCAACGAGAUGGUGGUUUUUUGUAAGAAUGAACUUUACUGGAAGGCUGCUGUUGAAAAGAAGGGAAAAAAAAGAGUGAACAAAUAUCAUAUUCUAUUAAGAGGUCUCGUUGUAAAAAACAUUGCGGAUCUGACUAAGAUGCAAGGAAAAAUGUAUGCUACAAAGAUCAAAUUGCAAAAGGCGAUCAAUAAUCACGAUUCGGAUGAUCAAAAAAUUGAAAUAUGUUUGGAAUUACUGGACGACUUUAAAUACAAACACUAUGAAAAUGUUAAGCUGGUGUUAGAUUUACUAUCAAUAUCAGAGAACACGACAAAACAUCAAGAAGCAAACAUCGAGUGGUUGAAAAACGAAUCGCAAAUGGCUGAUAAUUUCCUAAAUGAUGCUUAUCAUUGGGUUGUUAAAUGCAACGAUGCCAUGAAAAAAUGA